UGCUCCUUGUUAAUGCAAACUGGAAGAUUCAAGUAAUCUGUAUUUAUAUCUUAUUUCUAUUUUCUUUCAUACAAAUUGCAAAUGAAAUUAACAAAAAUAGAAUUUAGAUAGAAAUAUUUCAGGGCUUACGCAGAAAUCAUGUUACGAGGAUUAACAACUGUCUGCUUUCAAACACGAGGAGUAAAACAGUUGGUAAAUGUUAAAUGGGUUAAGCCAGAGUAUGUGCCUGCAUACAAACCGCAGAAGUCUGGUGAUUUGGAAAAUUUACCAAAUAUUUCUCAAUCUUCCAUUCCUGAAGACUACGCAUUAAGUGAACAUCUUAAAGAUGCACCAGAAACAGUGAAACAACUUUUCUCUGUAGCACAUUUGGGUAAGAAAGAAUACAAUGCUUUAGUAAAAAAAGAACUAAUGGACAGAGUAAGGAAACACAAAUAUGAUGACGACACACCUGAAACGAAAAUUGCAAAGUUAACUGGUCACAUAAGGUGUCUGCAGGAUACUAUGGAACAGUUUCCACGUAAUAUUAAAACAAAGGUUUGCGUUCAAGAGCUAAUUGACAAAAGAAAGAAGUUAUUAAAGUUUUUAAGACAAUAUGACUACAAGAAAUUUGAGUGGCUGCUGGAGAAACUAAACAUUGAAUAUAAAGCUCAUCCUGAGGAUCCUCAUAAACUAACACGCAAGGAGUCGUUACGCAAAUUAACCGAAAUGCAUUGUGAUGAAAUUCGUAACAACAAACUGGCCGACUACAGAAAUCUACUUGAAAGCCAACAAGGCCCUUUCUUGGAAAAUAAACUUAAAGCACUUAAGUUUAUACGAAAUGAACAGAUAGAGCUUAAGUUGUCUAUAACAGUUACAGAACAGGAUAUAAGUAAAGUUGAGAAGCAACUGGACGACUGGAAAAUAAGGAACGAACAAAAACAAGAGUUGAAGAAAAAGAAGAAAAAGUUGAUUUAAACUAUUUUCUAGUUACAUAAUAAAAUUUGUUAGAUUUAUUA